GCUUCAGAUAGUACCCUAAACUGCGCUGUGAGCAAGAAGGCUUACGAAACGCCAUAGCCGGAGCCAACCACCACCAUCUUCUUUAUAAGUCAUUAACUCCGGGAGCCUGCUUCCAGUUUCCACCAAAAUUGAGCUUUCCUUAGCUUCUAAUGGCGGCUACUCCAAUGAAUUCUCUUUCGCUUUCCCAUGUCCCCUUCUCCCUUCCAAUUCAAUCUAAAUGUCACUCUUUAGAACAGAAAACUCUAUUCCUUCCACUCAGCCCCCUGACCGAGCUGAACCUCGCAAUUAAGCGUUCUACUGCCACCCAUCCGGUCCCCAAGUUCAGCCGUCGCGCCACCACUGCCACUGUAUCAUUUAGCCUCCCGGCUUCGAAACCUGAGGGCAUUUCCCCCGAUAAACUCCCGAAAUGGUCGGCAAGAGCAAUUAAGUCAUUUGCAAUGGCAGAAUUAGAAGCAAGGAAACUCAAAUAUCCAAAUACAGGCACAGAAGCAUUGCUAAUGGGAAUUUUAAAUGAGGGAACAAGUAUAGCUGCUAAGUUUUUAAGGGCUAAUGGAAUUACACUUUUCAAAGUAAGAGAAGAAACUGUCAAGCUACUUGGAAAAUCUGACAUGUAUUUCUUCAGCCCAGAACAUCCUCCAUUGACUGAACCUGCUCAGAGGGUGCUUGAUUGGGCUGUCGCAAAGAAAGUAGAGUCAGGUCAAUCUGGGGAAAUAACUGUAGGUCAUUUGCUUCUUGGCAUUUGGUCAGAGGAAUCAGCUGGUCGCAAGAUCUUGGCCACCCUUGGCUUUGAUGAUGAGAAAGCGAAAGAGAUUGAAAAAACCGUGGACAAGGAUACAACUUUCAGUAGAUCGAUCGUUUAGGAAGAUGUGAUGUGAUUUUCAUAUUUUCGUCAAUGAAAUCCUGACAAAGAAAUCCCCAAAUGAGAUUCAUAUGAUUUGGACCUUUGUGCAUUCAUUUGGUGAUAUAGUGAUUUGCCUGUUUAAUCAGCACCUGCCGUUCAACGUAAUCAGCUUCAUUGGAAUUGACUGUUGCUCGAACUUGUGGAGUGCUGGUAUGGUACGCUACAUUUAAAUGGUCUCUAAUUGCUUGCGGGACAUAGUUUUCUUACUGUGGCUCUUUUUGGACAAGCGACCUGAGUUGAAAAGGGAAAUAAUAACACUUAUAAUUAGCACAUAAGAUUCUUAAUUUAAUCUUUGCAAGACA